UUUAUCCAUAUGGCCCUUUCUUGACCAGAUAACAAUGUUUUCCCAUCACAGGCAGCAGCACAUUCGUUGGAUAGUCUUUUUGACCUCUCUGGCGCUCCGUCCUCCGGGAAUUAUGGGACAUCAACUUUGCCCCGCUUACAGUACGGCAGACGUCCGCUGCCAUGACGACGCUGUGGCUCCGGGUCUCGCUUCCCUUCUGCCGACUCCCGGGUGGUCUCUUGUCUACUGCGGACAAGUGGCGCCGGGUUCUAGUGCCAGGCGGAAAGAACAUGCGGACUCUGGGCUUCUCUGAUCUGUCUUUUUCUGACCUCGCAGAUGUGCCCUUCCGAGCUGGGAUCCAUGGCACCAGCCUGUUGUACCCAGACCAUAUUCCCACCUCUCCGCUGCAGAAGGCGCUGCUAGCCGCUGGCUCGGCGGGAAUGGCGCUCUACGACCCCUAUCGCCACGACAUGGUUGCAGUUCUAGGGGAGACCACAGGAUUCUACACCCUGAAGGUCCUCAGAGACCAGAUGAGGAGGGAUCCAGAGGGUACCCAGAUCCUACAGGAGCGUCCCCGGAUCUCACUGGCCACCCUUGACAUGGACAAGCUCCGGAGCCUGCCUGAAGGCUCGUUUGGCCGCGAGUAUCUCCGCUUCCUGGAUGUCAAUAGGGUGUCUCCAGACACCCGAGUACCCACCCGCUUUGUGGAUGAUGAGGAACUGGCAUACGUGAUCCAGCGGUACCGGGAGGUCCAUGACAUGCUCCACACCCUGCUGGGGAUGCCCACCAACAUCCUGGGGGAGAUCGUGGUAAAAUGGUUUGAAGCUGUGCAGACGGGCCUGCCCAUGUGUGUGCUGGGUGCGCUGUUUGGACCUGUCCGCCUCAGUGCUCGGAAAUUGCACGUCCUAGUCUCGGAGCUGAUCCCAUGGGCGGUUCACAAUGGGCACAGGGCCCCAUGUGUCCUCAAUCUGUACUAUGAGCGGCGCUGGGAGCAGCCCCUGGCAGCCCUGAGGAAGGAGCUGGGCAUCACAGCGGUCCCUCCAUGCAUGCAGGGCCUGGCCUAGCCUGGGACGCUGUGCUAACGGACCUGGCCUGCCUCCCUAAGGGCAGAGGGUACUUUGGCAGUACCUUUACUCUUCUCUUGGAACACUGACCUUUGGACACCGUUUAUCAUAAUUAUAACUGCUGUCCUGGGCUUUGAGAGCCAAAGCAGGAGGACGAAGGCACGGCAGCAGGCACCCUGCCCAGGAGCCAAGACUCCUCAGAGAGGCGUGCGUGCACAAGGAAUGGCAGUCUAGGAGCAGCCUGGACUGUCCCAGGCUCAUGGACCCUGUUCGGGAUGCUCCCUGCAGCCAAGGGUUCCCAGGGAUCAGGCUGGGGUCCUCACAGAAGUGAGAGCCAGACCCAGUUCCUGAGAGGGGAGGUGAGCGCUGUCUGAAUAAAGGCUCCCUUCAGGUC